AUGUGAGCCUCUACACUGAAACAGAUCUCAGGGGAACAGCUCACAGAUUCUCUUCUGAAGAUACCUCCUCUCAGGGCCAGGCAGUUUCAGGAUAGCCUCCUGCAGCUGGAUCUGUGGAGUUUCUGUGUAAGCCCCCAGCUCCUGCUAUUGCUGUCACUGCUGGCUCUGGGAAGCUACAGUAAUCUUGAUCCCCUUCUUGUAAGGAGAAAUAAAAGCCAGUGAUCCCCUCCCAAUCCUAAAAAAGGAAAGAUGCAACAGCUGUGAACCCUGGUUUGCUGGGAAUCUGAUGGGUUUAUUGUACUGAAGUUUUCAGCUCGUCUCAAAGGGAAAAGAAUAUUUGAAUAGAAGACUGAUCCAAAAAGUGUACUCCCCUGAUAUAAGCAUGUUGCUUUUGUGCUGAAAGAUGCGUCAGCCAGUAUAUGCUGGAGCUGGCAUGUGGAACUUUGUUGGAGACUCAAGUAGGCUAGAGAAUCAAGUAAUUAAACUCAGUCUCUCCAAAUCUGGCAUAAGGAUUUCUUCUUCACAGUUCUCCACAGGAAAGAGACUACCUUUGAGAAGUAUUUGUUUCCAGUACCUGCUGCACCUCCUCAACAAUGAUUUUCUCAGCUUUUUAAAUUAUAAGACUGGACUAAUCAUCUUCAUUCUUUGCUGCGUCAAUGCAUAUCUUCCAAAAACAGAAGCCCAAAGUAUUACUCCCAAGCUGCUGAGAUUUUUUAUAGAUGAUUUAAAUGAGAUUAAACGACUUGAUUGCAUUGAUACCAGUUUAUAUACUGCAAGCACAAGUGAAUAUGGUGGAUGUGAAGAAUCGGUAAUGAAUUGCUUUUUUUCAGAGAUGGAGGUAGUUAGGCAUGAAAGUAAAAUCAAGCAAUGUACAAACAAUGAGAGUGUGAAUACUCUGCUGCGCAACGCAAAGCCAUACAAGCUUCCUCUUUUUCAGAAUGCAAGCCAUGUAAUGAAAGCAAACUGCAAACAAUGUGAACAGUAUGAAGAAAGAAAUUUUACAGAGUUUGUAGAGAAUUUUAAAAUCCUAGUACAACAUUUGUUCAAAAAUAUGUCAUGAGGAUUGUGCUUAGGAGCAACUCAAAACCUCACCUGCUCCUUCAAGCAAUAUAAUCAAGAAAGAAUGUAGCUAGAUUGGCUGGCUAUUCUAAGAGCCUUGUUAUGAGAGAGCGUCAGAAAAACAAAUGGAGACAAGAAUGUGAACUAUGGACUGUUAUUUGUGUAAUGCAGAAGAUCAGGCUAAUCAAUCACAAUGGUUCUUACAGUUUUACAAUCUAAGAAAUUCGUAUGAGGAGUACAGCCUCACUAGCAGCUCCAACAGCUGCAGAGCAAAAUCAGAUUGUUCAUAUCAAAUGAUAACAGCUAACAGUACUGAAAUUGUGAAAAAUAUUAUUGACCAUUGGCCCAAUCAGCUGAAAAUUGUUUUUUUCAGGGUAGAUUUGUUUAGCAACAGAAAUUAAUGACUGGAGUGAAGUAUGUUUUCAUUUAGACAUGAAGUCCUGUUUCACAGAAGGAAAACAAACAACAAAGAUAGUUACCUUACACCGAAAUCCCCAUAUUUACAAUUCUAUUGAACCAUGGACCCCAAAGACCCUGUAGCUUUGUUUCUUCUCAGGGUCAUACUCACUCACCACUUCUCCUUCUUGUCUUUUGCUCUAACCUUCAACAGACUGAAUCCUAGUCUUCACAUUUUGUAUUUGCAGUCAAGGAAACACUUGAGCCUACUUAGCACAAAUAUGACAUGCCAUAUAUGUACCUUGAGUGGCAGUUCAGCCUUUUCUUCCACCCCAGUUGUUGGGAUUUUAGUUCUUCUUUGGGUGAGCUUGAAAUUACAUAUUUGGUACAGUCAUUGACUUCAAGAAAGUCUGACUAUUUUUGUGAGGCCAUGCUGCAGUUCCUUUUUCCCUUUUCAUUAUGCUAACUUUAUGCAAAUUAUACUCCAUUUAACACUGGAGGAAUGGAAUGGAGAAUCAGGCCCAGUUUGUCAAGUGUCAAAAUUAGUUGUUAUGUCUUUUUAGCAAUGGAUUGUGCCUCUUGCAUCUAACAAACAUGUGCAUGGUAUUCUGUCUUCAUAUGAUUGGGUUUUGACAUUUGGUUGCUUUGCACAGGUGGUAAAUGUGUCAUUAAUUUUAUCCGACCUGAAUUUAUUAUAUUUUUGCAAUAAAGGAAUCCCUUUCUUUAGAUAACGGAAUAUGUCUUCAAUUAACAUAUGACUAGACAGCUAUUAAAUAUCAUGGAUACAUUAGUAUUAAUAGUGCUGUCUCUGAAUAACUCACAUGGACAAAAUCCACCCUGGGAUUGAUCUUUAUUAGAUCAAAAUAAGGAAAGAAAAUGUACAUAAUAGUCCAUGUAUAAGGAUCCCAACAAAUAAAUUUAUUCUGUGAUUGUUGACCAUUUUGACAAAUGUGUAUAUUCAGCAGAUGGAAACAUAAAAGGAUCUUGUGAUGAUUUCUGUAUUAUUUCUAUUACAGUGUCUGAACUAUGAUUUGUCUAGAUGCCUCAAUCAGUGAACAAAAGGUGAAAAAUGGACUAUGCCAUUUGGAGCUAACGCACAAGUUACAUAUGCAUUUUGGGUCCCAUUACCAUCAUAACAGUCAUACAGCAGGAUUCUAAAUGUCCCAGAAAAAGGCUUAAUAGUACUCAAACAAGCAUUUUAAACAUAUUCUCCUUUAAAUAUUUACAAGGGAUUUCUGCUAUAUGUUACUAAUCACUGUGUUGAAAAACUUCUUUCCAAGUCCACUAUCUUAGCCAGGCACUGUUACUCAACUUCUUUCCAUCUUUUUUGCUUUUCUUUAUUACCUCUUUCUCCAAAUUUAACAAAACUGUUAGGUUCAUGGGCAAGGAAAAAUGUUUUUUUUACCAUCGUAUAUGGAAGUUUGUUCAUAGUGUUCUACAGGAACAAAUAGACCAAAACAAAUAGACUGAAGUUUUAAACUUAUCCAAACUGUUAAUUUAUAUCAAUUCAUAGAGUUCUAUUUGUAUACCAGUCCCCUUAUGUACUGCACAAUUUAAGAAGGCAGGGCCAGUGUGCACAAACCUGACUUCCCUGGCCUCUUAUAUUCAAAAUAAAAGCAGUUAAAGCACCUUAUCACAGUCAAAAGAAACGCAAGAGUUUUUCCACUCCCAUUUCCAUGCAUACAGUGGGGAUAUGCUGAUAAGAAAGACAGUCCCCUUAUCUGACCUUGAAUGCCAAUGCUGGGAUGCAAAUAAACACCACUGAGAGGUUGUCACAA